UCUUAUUUUAUAUAGUAGGUGUAAUAGCAGUAAUAGUAGUUUCCCUUCGAUUUGUCCUCUUAUUAUCUCUAGAGAAUUUUCUUCCUCAUCACCCCCUUAGAUUUUUGAAGAAUAAUCAAUAAUAAAUUAUUAUUCAAAUAAUAAGAAUGGGGUCUAGGAGCCAUGAAGAAUCCCCAUGGCUAUUGGAAAAUGGGAAUCCAAAGGUGUUGACCAAGGAUAUGAGACAUGGAAGAACAGCACACAACAUGUCAUCAUCUUCUUUGAGGAAAAAAUCUGAACUCACUGUUAUUUCAAAGGUUCCCUAUGGAUUCCUCAGAAACUUUCUUGCUAACUUGCAAGAGGUUUUUCUUGGAACCAAGCUUUUCAUUCUCUUCCCAUCAAUUCCUCUUGCUAUCAUUGCCCAUUGUUUUGGUUUUGCAAGACCAUGGGUUUUUGCCUUGAGCUUACUUGGUUUAACCGUACUUGCUGAAAGAGUCAGCUUCAUGACUGAGCAAGUGGCUUGUUACACUGGUCCCACAGUUGGAGGACUUCUGAAUGCUACAUGUGGGAAUGCAACAGAGCUUAUCAUAGCAAUUUUUGCACUUAGUAACAACAAAAUUGCUGUGGUCAAGUAUUCUCUUCUUGGUUCUGUACUUUCAAACCUUCUUUUGGUUCUUGGCACUUCCCUACUUUGUGGUGGCAUUGCAAAUCUUAGGCAGGAGCAAAAAUAUGACAGAAGGCAAGCUGAUGUGAACUCUCUUAUGCUGCUUCUGGCAUUGUUGUGCCACAUGCUCCCACUGCUGUUCAGAUAUGGCAGCGGCUCACCGGCUGUGGUGGCCCAGGCAUCCUUGAAUGUGUCUAGAGCUGCUAGCCUUGUGAUGUUGUGUGCUUACUGUGCUUACAUUGCCUUCCAACUUUGGACUCACCGGCAACUAUUCGAAGCACAAGUAGAUAAUGAUGAUGAAGGUCAAAAUGAUUCAGAAGAAGCAGUGAUAGGUUUCUGGAGUGGGAUUGGUUGGCUUGUUGGAAUGACUGCAAUUAUUGCUCUCUUGUCUGAAUAUGUGGUGCAGACUAUAGAGGAUGCAUCAAAUUCAUGGGGUUUGUCUGUGAGUUUCAUCAGCAUAAUCUUGCUCGCAAUCGUUGGCAAUGCCGCCGAACAUGCUGGAGCUGUCAUAUUUGCUUUCAAGAACAAACUGGACAUCACAUUAGGUGUUGCUUUGGGGUCUGCAACUCAGAUUAGCAUGUUUGUGGUUCCAGUGUGUGUGAUUGUUGGUUGGAUUCUUGGCAUAAAAAUGGACCUCAACUUCAACCUCUUGGAGACAGGUUCUCUUGCUUUGGCAAUAAUUGUCACAGCCUUUACAUUACAGGAUGGAACUUCUCACUACAUGAAAGGCCUUGUUCUCCUUCUAUGCUACAUUGUUAUUGGGGCCUGCUUUUUCGUUCAGACAACACCCUCUGAUCAACUUAAUGAUGAAGUUCAUAAUGUGAUGCUUAAACCAGCAACCGAUGCAGUUUUUAGAGCUUAAUAGCUAGUUCAAAAAGGCAUUUCUGUCUUUGGUUCAUGACACAAGAACUCUAGUGAAGCAGCUGAAUGCACUUGAUCUAUUUUGGUCUAAAGAUGAAUGGUAGCAGAUUCAAUGAUUUAUUUAUUCAUCCAAGUCAAAGUUAUCUUGAGGCAGAGAAAGGUGAAGAAGUUUACUGCAGAAGGUUGUGGUCCAUUUGCUUGCAGAGUUUGUGUAUAGAAUAAUAGAAACCUCUUCAACUGAUUUUGUGUCCAAGAUUUUAUGUUUGUAUGAAAUUUUUUCAACAAUUCUCAAAUAAAUGAAAUUGGUUCUGUUAUUUUUAAA